CAUAAAGCAGUGGGGGCCAGCUGGAUGUCAGGAUGCAAAUGGUUACUAUUAUCAUACUACUUUUCUUUAGUCAAGCGGCUGAUCUGAGGAAAGGGCGAAAUGGAAACUCCAGGAGGAAAGCAAACAACGGAAGGGGAAACGGUUUAGGGAAAGGAUCCGGCCUUGCGAAGCGCUUCACGCCGAAUCCUCCCUGCGACGUCUACACGUAUCUCUUUGAGAAGUACUUAGAUUGUCAAGACAGAAAACUGACAUUUGUCCCGCCCGAAGGGCCGGAAGACUUAAAGCACAUGCUGCUAUCCCAAAACGCAAUCCGUAAGCUGAAGAACAACAUGUUCUCCCGAUUCCAAAAACUGAAAAGUCUCGAUUUGCAACAAAACCAGAUCUCCAAAAUCGAGGAUCAGGCUUUCUGGGGCCUGAACAAACUGACCACCCUUUUGUUACAGCACAACAAGCUGAAGGUUUUGUCGGAGGAGGUGUUCAUCUACAUGCCUUUCCUGAGUUACUUGCGCCUGUACGACAACCCCUGGCACUGCAGCUGUCAGUUGGAGUCGCUCGUAACGAUGCUGCAGCUUCCAAGGAACCGGAACUUGGCGAAUUACGCCAAAUGUGCACAGCCGGAAGAGGCGAAGGGUCGAAAGCUCAAGGACCUACAAGCCGAACAGUUCUGCGGCGACAAAGCCGACUUACCGCCGGCGCCGAAACCUGAAAUUGCCAGACCUGAAUUUGACUCUUCGCUUUGUCACACCUACGUGUUUCCCGUAAAAACACUGGAUUGCAGGAGGAAAGAUUUAAAAAAAGUCCCAAGCAAUAUAUCUCCAGACACAGUUAAGCUUGAUAUUUCCAGUAACAAAAUCACUUUACUACGACCCAAGGAGUUUGAAGAAAUAGAUGACCUGAGGGUGUUAAAUCUCAGUAGCAACGGACUAAUUCACAUAGACCCAGCUGCUUUUGCAGGGCUCAUCAAUCUGGAAGAACUAGACCUAUCAAGCAAUUCUCUGCAAAAUAUUGAAUAUGGCGUCUUGGAACAUUUGUACUUUUUGAAAAUACUGCGGCUUAAAGAAAACCCUUGGCGAUGCGACUACAACAUCCAUUAUCUUUUCUACUGGCUGAAGCACCAUUACAACGUUCACUAUAAUGGCUUAGAAUGCCAAAAACCUGGAGAAUAUAAAGGAUGGUCUGUUAGGAAGUACGUCAGGAGCUAUUUUGAAGAGUGCCCCAAAGACAGGCUACCUAUUUAUCCAGAUGUGUUUGAGGAUAAUGAAAUAGAAGAAACCGCUCUAAAACACUCAGUAAUUGUCAGAGUAAUCGAUUGAUUUGUCCACCGGCAUAU